AAACGAAAUGAAAGAUAAUCUUACGUCAAGUAACGUCAACACAACUGUCAAAUCGUGAGACUCAGUGUAGCCUACGACAAUAAGUAACAAUCAUCAGCUGAUAACGAUGGCUUUCUUUUCUUGUGGGAGAUUGGCCAGCAAACCGGUGCUGUCUAGUUUAAGUAGGUUUCCUACGAUCAUAAGCACCGCUCAGUAUGCUCAAGCGGCUGGUGUUCCUAAAAUUACAUACAAAUCAUACGAACCACCGAAAUCGGAGCACCAUGAUAUCAGAAAUGAAAGACUCCAUCGUCCUAUGUCGCCACAUUUGACGAUAUAUGCACCACAGUUGACCAGUAUGUUGUCAAUUACUCAUCGAGCUGCAGGCAUGAUACUUUCCGGUUAUGCCAGCGCCCUUGGCAUCGGUGCUCUGGUCUUACCCAAUGACAUUUCUCACUACAUCGCCAUGAUUGAGGGCCUCAACAUGUCGCCUGCUACACUAUUCCUUGCAAAGGCGAUGAUAGCAGCACCUUUCGCUUACCACUUCGCCAAUGGGUGCAGACAUUUAUACUGGGACACGGCUAAGGGACUUACUAUUAAGGAGGUAUAUGCUACGGGCUAUGCAAUGCUCGCCGCAUCAUUAGUUAUUACGGUUUUCCUAGCUGCAUUAUAAUUAUGAAUAUCUUUCUCAUUAGCAAUCAAAAUUACGAACUGGGUGUUAUUUAUUUAUUACCAUAUUAAGUGAUUAAAAACAUCUUUUAAGCA